UUUUCAAACACAAGCAGCGCAUGCGUAGUAGCGAUAGACUCAGACUUGUCUCUCGACGACCGAACUCUGAUCAUUUUGUCACAGCUUUUAAAAUACCGGCAUCUUUGUCAUUUCCAGAUAAUACCUUCAUCAUCACAUUCUUCAUCAUCAGAGUCUCAACAUGAGCGGAGAUCACGCACAUAAACACCAUCAGAUGGAAUCCGGGUCUCUGGACUAUAAUUCACACAAGCACAAGGAUAAACAUAAAGAGAGAGAACACAAGAGAGAGCGAGACAACUCAAAGAACGGCAACAGCGAACACAGGAGGUCUUCAGAGAAGAAGCACAGAGAGAAAGAAAAAGAGCAACUUAAGCGCAAAGAAAAGCAAAAAGAAGAAAAGUUCCAUGGUUCUGAUGGGAAAUAUCGAGAUAAAGAGAACGGUUUUGUAAGCCCACCGUCAAUUAAAGUGGAAGAGGAUAAUGGCUAUCAUCACUCCAUCAAACAUGAGAAGUCACUCAAGAGAGAGCGGGAUGAAGACGACAGAUAUAAACUCAACCCCAAAAAGGUAAAAGUGGAGAAUGAGAAGAAGGUGAAGAAACGUAAACAGGAAGAUGAAAGUGAUUAUGAGGAGAGGGAGGAAAGGAAACCAAAGAAGAGGACGAAAGAGGAAAAGAAAGUCACCACUGGAGGGAAAAAGAAAGUCAAAAACGAGCCAGAGGAGAAGUGGAAAUGGUGGGAAGAGGAGAGAUACACAGAUGGCUCCAAAUGGAAGUUUCUGGAACAUAAAGGUCCUGUGUUCCCACCGCCAUAUGAACCCCUGACAGGCCAUAUCAGGUUUUAUUAUGAUGGAAAGGCCAUGAAACUGAGCCCUGGUGCAGAGGAAGUGGCUACGUUUUAUGCAAAAAUGCUUGACCAUGAGUACACAACUAAAGACAUAUUUAGAAAGAACUUCUUCAAAGAUUGGAAGAAGGAAAUGACAUCAGAGGAGAAGUCAAAGAUCACUGAGCUGAAGAAAUGUGACUUCACUGAGAUGCACGAGUACUUUAAAGCACAAUCUGAGGCCAGAAAACAGAUGUCAAAAGAGGAGAAACAGAAAACCAAAGAAGAGAAUGAACGCAUUCUGCAGGAGUAUGGAUACUGUGUUAUGGACAACCACAGGGAGCGAAUUGGCAACUUCCGGAUUGAGCCUCCAGGUCUGUUCCGAGGCCGUGGGGACCAUCCUAAGAUGGGCAAACUGAAACGCCGCAUCCGACCUGAGGACAUCAUCAUCAACUGCAGCAAAGAUUCAGUUUACCCCAAACCACCCCCAGGCACCAGGUGGAAGGAAGUUCGUCAUGACAACAAAGUCACAUGGCUGGUGUCGUGGACAGAGAACAUUCAGGGCUCCAUCAAAUACAUCAUGCUCAACCCCAGCUCCAGAAUCAAGGGAGAGAAGGACUGGCAGAAGUACGAGACGGCACGCCGGCUGAAGAAAUGUGUGGAGCGGAUCCGGGCGCAGUACCGUGAAGACUGGAGGAGUAAAGAGAUGAGGAUCAGACAGAGAGCCGUGGCACUUUAUUUCAUUGACAAGUUGGCACUGAGGGCUGGUAAUGAGAAGGAUGAGGGAGAGACGGCCGAUACGGUGGGCUGCUGCUCUCUGCGCGUGGAGCACAUCAAACUUUACCCUCAGCUGGAUGGACAGGACUACGUGGUGGAGUUCGACUUCCUGGGAAAAGACUCCAUUCGUUACUACAACAAAAUCCCAGUGGAGAAAAGAGUCUUUAAAAACCUACAGUUAUUCCUUGAAAACAAGCAGUCGGAAGAUGAUCUGUUUGACCGGACAUCAAUUCUGAAUAAACAUCUCCAGGAGUUGAUGGAUGGGUUGACUGCGAAAGUGUUUCGCACUUACAACGCGUCCAUUACCCUCCAACAACAACUCAAAGAACUCACCAGCCCUGAUGAGAACAUCCCUGAGAAGAUCCUCUCAUAUAACAGAGCGAACCGAGCCGUUGCUCUUCUCUGUAACCACCAGAGGGCGCCACCGAAAACCUUUGAGAAAUCCAUGCAGAAUUUGCAGACCAAGAUAGACGAGAAAAAGAAACAGCUCUCUGCUGCCAAGAAGGAACAUAAAGCAGCCAAAGCCGACGCCAAGACGCUUUGCGAUGAGAAAAGUAAAAAGGCUGUGGAGACGAAGAAGAAAGCAGUGCAGAGGAUAUCUGAACAGCUUAUGAAGCUGGAGGUUCAGGCCACAGACCGUGAGGAGAAUAAACAGAUCGCAUUAGGCACAUCUAAACUCAACUACCUGGACCCACGUAUCUCAGUCGCCUGGUGCAAAAAAUGGGGAGUUCCCAUUGAGAAGAUCUACAACAAAACACAGCGAGAAAAGUUUGCCUGGGCUAUCGACAUGGCGGACGAGGACUUUGAGUUUUAGAGUUCAUUUUAUAUUGUUGCUAUUUUGAUGAAUUGUUUGUAAAAGGUGUUUAUCGCAAUUGAAUCAUCUUUUUGUUUGUGAUUUGAUCAAUUGACCCUUCGCAGGAGUUUGAUUGACAAUCGAUCUAACCAAUCAGAACGCCGAAUCCUCCAUUUUGUCCGACAAAGCAGUCAGGAGUUAGAAGAUUAACCUCGGUGGACUUGAUCUUGAAAAAUUGCGUGUAUUUACGUCUUUCUGCAUUUUAAACAACAUUCCUUCUGAUGUUCAUUCAUGUUUAUUUGAUUCCAUAAAUUAACUAGUAGGAAGAGAUGAUUGGUUCACGAGCUGCUUAAGCUGAGGCGUUACAACAAUCUGUCACGACACAUUAAUAAAGAGCGACAAAAUGUUUUUUAGUGUUCGAAUUUCUUUAAAAAAAUACACAAUUCGAAAGCUGGGACAUUGUUUAAUAUCAUAAGUAACCUGCUUUGUCUUGUCUGUCGACGUGUUGUCAGUGUCCUCUUUGCUCUGCGAUGUAUUAUUCACUGUGUGUGGCGUGACAGCACCACGGCUUAUCGGACAAAGCAACAGUAACUAAGGGGGGCGGGGCUUUGUGAAGGGUCAAUUAAGGAUAGAUGAAGUUAAAUUAAAACACAAGCUGAUAGUUCUCUCAAACAAGACCACACAUUAGUUCAGUGGUUAUUUGUUUAACCCAAACAAGGCUAUUUGAAAACAAAAUGGGGCCCAUUACUGAGCCUUGCUGAACACCACGUCUUUACUCAAGAAAGGCUGCUAAUGUUUCAUUCCAUGCAUUCAGUUUUAGCAUCCUUUGUUUUUAGCCUUCAGAUAUAUUGUUGAAUUGUAUAUUUUAAUAGAAUUUUUAAUAGUCCUUAAGUAAAAUAAGAAACGCGUAAUGAAAAAUCAUGUAAAUAGAUGGCAUAUAUAACGAAAAACAAUCAAGAGGCACGAAUGUCAUGAUGUGGCAAUGCAAACAAAUGUGAAUGUCUUUCUUUGUUUUGAAUCUUUGAAUUUUGAAUUUAGUUGUAUUGUUUCUAUCAGGAAUGUACAUUUUGUUUUUAAAUGUGUGUAAAGAGCUGCAUUUUAGCAAAA